AAGGGCAGGCGAUUGCUUCCAUCAACCUUUGCCAACACCGCAUCGUCGCGGUAUGACGACUCUGAAGCCCCUCCAGUACGUCGCGACCAGGCCGAGGUCAUCGAUCACCAAGCGGACAUCGUCGAUGCCCACGAGGAGGAAUUACGGGCCUCAGUUGCAGGGCGUCAUGACGGUCGUCGGGCGAUCGGCGUUGUCGAAAGAGUUGAUGGCUUCCUACAAGCACACGAAACGGCUCGGACCCUAUCUCCUCGGCCCGACCAUCGGCGAGGGAAGCUUCGCGAAAGUGAAAGAGGCGAUGCACGUUCUCGUUGGCGAAAAGGUUGCCAUCAAGAUAAUUGACAAGAAAGCUGCGAGGGAGGACGCCUACCUCCACAAGACGCUCCGUAGAGAGGCGGGGCUUCUCCAACUUCUUGGCCACGCCCACAUCGUACGCCUUCUUGAAGUCAUGGAAACGGACAACAACCUUUACCUGGUACUGGAGCUGUGUGGGGGUGGGCCCUUGUUGGAUAAGGUGUGUGAGAAGGGCGGAUUGGAAGAGGGCGUGGCCAGACGGUACAUCAAACAGGUGGCUUCGGCCGUGUACCACAUGCAUCAAAUGGGCGUGGUACAUAGAGACCUGAAAGUCGAGAAUCUUCUUCUUGACGACAACGACAAAAUUCGAAUAAUAGAUUUUGGACUGAGUAAUUUCAUCGGGAUAUUCGGGACUAGGGAUUUUGCGGGAACGCUUUGCGGGAGUCCCGCUUAUGCAGCGCCUGAGAUUAUUGCCAGGAAGCGAUAUGGCCCCAAAGUGGAUGUUUGGAGCAUUGGGGUCAACGCGUAUGCGAUGUUGACUGGGACUCUUCCCUUCAUCGUAGAGCCGUUCAAUCUCCGUCAGUUACUGUCCAAGAUCCAGAAAGGCGAGGCGGGACCACUGCCUUCCGGCCUCUCAUCAGACUGCAAGAGUUUUAUCCGCUAUCUUCUUGAACCAGACCCGGACAAGCGACCGACAAUUUACGACGUCCUAUGCCACCCCUGGUUGGCAGGUGUCUACGAGCCACUCCGCUCCUUGAGUCCUAGUACAGCCCCUAGCUACGCCCUCACCGCCACGCCCCCUUCUAGUCCGUGCUCUCCGGGGCGAAGGGUCAGUCGCAUGCUGCUCGAUCACGAUAUCAUCAGUUACAUCCGGGAAACCCUGGGGAUCAAAUCGACGCACGUGAGCGAGUCCGUGCUCGCAGGGCGCGCCGAUGAGUACUCGGCGAUCUACCAUCUCCUGGCCAAGCAACGCGAGCGGGACGAGGUGCCCAAGAUUGCUCAGAGGCUGCAGGAGAAUUGGGAAACCUUUCGGGCAUGUUCCCGUCAGGAGGAUGACGAGGACGUCGAUCUGGACGAUGAAGCUGAUGGUGUGACAGAGGCUGGUGGUGCGACAAAGAAACGAGAAGGAUCUCCAAGACAACGAAGGCCGGUGGGUGAUUACGAUGAUGACGAUGACAUGAAGACGGUGGCCGAAGAGACUGCUCUUCAGAUCGCUGGCAAGAAAAAUGGUAGUUUCCAUUUCAAGAUGGCGAUGGUGAUUGAAGAAGAGGCAGAGAGAGCUGCACGAUCGCCAGCCAACGUCUCCUCGAGCUCCAAAGCGACAGAAACAAGCGCCAUCUACCGCGAGGUUCUUGGGGAAAUCCAUUCGGAGCAAGCAUCAUCGUCAUCACCGUCGUCGCCUACUAAAUCCACAUCUUCUAAAGACGGACAACGCACGGGAACACCGUUCGGUCAACCGCAGCGCCGCGGACAUGGGAAUCGAGUCAGCUCUGUGAAUGAUAGUCGCGCCACAAGUGCAGCUAGUGGCAACCCAUGGAUCAUUAUGCUUGGGCGAGAAAGAACGACGAGUACGAUUCGGUCGGGCAUCGGCGGCCCCGAUACGCACGUUGAGAACGGAAAUGUGCACCAAUAUGAUGUGACGACAGCGUGUUUUCAAGGAGAAAAAGUGAAUAAGAAAAACGAUAAGAGUCAAUCUAGAACUGAAAGGUUUGAAUCCCAGAGGAGGAAUUGGGAGUCGUCUGCGAAACAUGGCAGCACAAAUGGACGGGUUUCCCUUUCUAACGGCAGGGCGGUCAAUUUAACAUUCCAGCAAUCGACUGAUCCUACAGUGACGACAUUCGUUAAUCAUUUCCGACACAACCAGCUACCUGAUCGGCUAUUGAGGCGAUCAAAUCUAAAGCAUCCUUUCAUUGCAGACAGGGCUGCAGGGGGUCCCGAUGGACUUUUAGAUCCACCAAAGUCCGUCACUUUUCGACGAAAUAGAUUCAACCUAGAGGCUGACACAAAACCGCGGGAAGCUGUAAAAGAGAGAACUGUCGCAAACACGAUCGGUGUGCAAGCGCAGACGGUGACGAAGGCUGGAAACGGCAAAGGCAAUCGCGAUAGAAAACAAGAGGAAGCCGUCAAAGUUUACCGUUCGACACGCAAAACAGGUGAAGUCCCACGCGAGUUCUCGGACAUUCGUAAGCAACGCCGACCUCCGAACCCGAUCAAACGAAGACCUGUCGGGAAACCCCCGGUUACACUCUCCCGUAAACCUAUUAAAGCCGCCAAAGGGAAGCCAAAUCCACAAAAGCAAGAACGAUCCGCCGCAACAACAACAGUCACGAUGUCUGGACGACCUUGCACUGCAAGCCUACAAGAUACACAGAACUGUAUAAAAGAGGCAACAGUCAAAGGCAGUUGUAGUUGCUCGCGGACGAAAGGCAAUCGAAACGUCGACGGUCCGGAGAACGAUGAUGGUGACAUGGCGAAGUUGCCAAGGCGGUUCUCAACGAGUGACGAAGGGUAUGAUACCACUCACUCAAUAGAGGGCGACUCCAACAAGAAGUUACCCGACAUAGCACCACCAAUUGUGAAUUUGAGAUGCUUGCCAGAGACCGAGAUGGUGACUUUGUCGAAAACAAUGAAAACUCUAAAACUCGGAAAUACGAAUGUCUGCUAACUGUUGCCUAGCCUCAUUUUAGAAAAUGAUUCUUCUGUUCGAAAUGAAAAUCAGAAAAUUAUAUCAUAAUAAUAGUGACAAAAUAUUUGUUGUUGUCGCACACUGGCUGUUAUGUAAUGGUAUUAACGUAUACAAAUUAUUUAUCGAGUCAUAAUAGUUUGACAAUGCUUGUUGUAUAUUAUUUCAUGUUAUGCGCUUUUACACUAAGUACUGAAUGAAAAAGUAAAAACGAAAGACGAAGAAGAAGUAAAUAACCGACCUAAAACCUUUGAUAAAAAUGAAUGGAUUAAUGUAUUAAUAUGUCGGAAAGACAGGGAGACGGUAGGAAAAGAUUUCUUUUCAUCUAUAGAAGUUUGUCUUGGCGAUAUGGUAGAUUUGUUCUUGUUACUUUUAUAUGGCUCUUUUAAGCUCGAGUAGCUAGAAGAGAUCAAGAGAAAUAAUGUAAUGCAACGUUGGAACUUGAAGAGCGCCAUCUCGUGAAAUAUUAUCACUUUAAUGUCGGUGAAAUGACUUGGCCUCUUCAUUCCAUUAAAUCUUGUUUCCUCCCUUUUUAGAUUAAUAACUGCCUGUCUACCAUUCUUCCACAUUUUGCCAUUAUCGAAAUGAUCAUGAAAACAUACGUGUAAUCACCAACAUAUUAGCAUCUUUUUUAAUGUUUGGUUCCAAGCAUGUUUUGAUUUGUCAUUUUCAGUCUAUAUUUGCACUACCACCACUAUCACCAGGCCACCACCACCAACGCCACUACUAUUAAAAAUCCCACCACCACCACAUUUAUCUUCAUCAAUUACCAAGAAUAUUCUUAAUAUUGUAAUCAUCAGCAUUAUCAUAAUCGACACCAUUGUAAUUUUUGAUCAAUAACAGAUUUGAUGAUAUAAAUAAAGUGGUGCCUCCAUUGAUUUUUCCAAACAUCAUUCUCGUCCACAUCUUAAUAAUCAUCAUUAUCAUCAUCUUCAUCAUCAUCAUAAUCAUCAU